GACGGACAUGUAUUUUAGUAUUCUUAAUAUCACCAAUUUGAAUAAGAGAAUUUCGUCUCAGCUGAUCUACACACAAACAUUCUGUAAAAUCUGCGAUGCAUAAAUAAAUAUAUAUAUGUAUUAGAUAUCAGUAUUAUUACUAUUAUUAAAAUAUAUUCCUUGUGUAUUGGUUUCCUUAACUGAAAUUUAUUUCUUCUGGCAUCUAUCAUUCACAGUUCUAUUCUUUUGUGAUAUCACGGACGUGUGCUAAUAUACACUUGGUUACUUGUCUGACACAUCUAAAAAGAUAAUAAUAAUAAUAAGUUUGUUUGUCCAACAGAAAUAUUUAUUUAUAUAUACAUUAAUUUUUUCAUUCAUCAAUAUAACAUUUUUUAUAUCAUGGAUAAUCCCAUGGAUGAUAACAAUAUCACGAAUUCUCAAAUGACUGAUAUGACAGAAACAACGAUUAUGAAAACAACUACUACCAACUAUACAAAUCCUAUUGAAGCAACUGUAAUCAAUACUACUGAUAAUAAUGAUAAUAAUAAUACUCAUAUUUCUUUUCAGCAUUCUAGAAACAUUAAAAUUGAAAAAACUGAUAAUAAUAUCAAGGCUGAUAAUGUUGAUGAUGAUGAUCGUAAUGAUGAUCAAAGUAAAACCCUAAUUCAUAUACUACGAUGCAAACAUUGUAAUUUCGAGUCAAUAUUACGUUCACGUUUCGAUAGACAUUUACCAUGUUCACAACAAAUGGACACUUAUCGAUUAUAUACAUGUUCAUUAUGUUUCACCAGUUCAACAUCGAAAUUAAUUAUGGAUGAACAUAAAAGAGUGCAUCAUUUGAACACCAUUAAAAAUAUAAUCAUUGAAAGUAUUGAACCAUUUAUUAAAGACAAUGUAGAGCAGCAAACUACAUCAAAUUCGUCUAUUCAAAAUUCUUCUAGUAAAUUAUCCACAUUGAAUUGUGACUUACAGAAUUCUCCAAUUACUUCAACAAUAAAUCAUUUUUCUCCAACAAUAACAUUAUCUCAUAAUGUUAGUAAAGCAUUAAAUUAUUCCAAUCUAAUGAAUGUUGUACAAAGUCAAUCAUUUAAUCCAAUCAAAAGUUUUUAUAACAGUAUGGAACAAAUGUAUGAAAGUAAACAACAACACCAAUCACCAUCAUCUCAACAUUCACACUCUCAUCACCAACAAGAUCAUCAGAAAUUAUCACAAAUCAUCGGUUUUGUACCACUUGUAAAUUCAAAACAUUAUGAUGCAAAUUUGUUAGAUUUCAAUCAGACUAAUAAUUAUAAUCAUAAUCCAUUUGGUAAAGAUACAAUUCCAACCGGCUUGAACUUACCAUCAUCAUUACAACAAACACCAGUGAAUUACACAACAGGGAUUAGUUCAACAGGUCGAUGGAUGUUUUCACAUAAUCGUUCAGUUAUACAAUGUUUCAUUUGUCGUCAGUCUAUAAUGAAUACCGGUGGAAACGAUGAUGGGAUUGGUAGUGGUAAUAGUGAAAUCGAGAAUCUUGUCAAACAUUUAACAAUUGCACAUAUGCUACCAUUACCAAUUGUUAUGAAUUAUGUAAUAGCAUACAUGACUGAGAAAUUGACUGAAUAUAAUCCGCUUGAUAUAAGAAUUAAUAAAGUUAAUAAUGAUAAUAAUAAUUCUACUAUUGAGUCUAUAACAGCAUCACAUACUACUGUAACUACCAAUGAUACUACUGUUACUACUAAAAAUAGUCAAAAUGCACAAAAGUUUGUAAAUAGAUUGAACAUUGAUCCAUCAUGGAAUACUGUUCAUAGUAGUGAGAAUACUUUACCUCUUAAUAUACCGAAUGUCUUGUACAAAGAUUGUAAAUUAAAUCAAUGCGAAGCUGAGAAUUUGGAAAAUUUCUCUUUAAAAGUUCCAUUACCACCGCCACAAUCACAACCUACUCCAUGGACAGCAAUUAAACAACCAACAUCGAGCAUUGGAUAUGAUCUUCAUGAUCAUGUUAACAAUAAUUAUUGGAUAUGUCCACAUUGUAAUAUACAGUUUGAUAAUUUCCAACAAUUCCAUUUACAUUUUACACAAAAUCAUAAUUCUUUACUGUCAGAUAUGAAUUUAUUCAAUUUCAUUGAAGGCAAUUCGUUCAGUAAUAAUAAUAAUAAUAAUAAUAAUAAUAAUAAUAAUAAUAGUUCAACUACAAAUUCAUUAUUAUCAUCACAAAUGUUAUUGUCAGCAAUUCAACCGAAAUCGAUUAACACAGCAAUAAUCAGUCAUUCAAUGGUCACUGGAAAUAAUAAUAAUAGUACCGAGGAUAUAUCCCUAAUGCCUGUAAUUAAUGAGGUAUUGAAUGAUUGUAAUGAUUGGUUAAGAAAUUAUAAUAAAACUCAUAAAAAUACAAAUGAAUUUAAUCUAUUAACUAAUACAUCUAUGGUUCAAACAAAUUUCGCGGCAUUGGCAGCAGCCACGGUAGCUGCAUAUGGUAAUUUACCUGGAUCUAAAAAACAUGAACAAUUACAUAAGACAUCAUCAAUCAAUGAGUUUGAUUCGAAUCUCUUCAGUAUAUCGACUUCAACAAUUGAAAUGAUGAAUACUAUUAGUUCACCUAUUGAAAUAUUAAACAGUACUUCUACGAUUACUAAAUCUACCCCUUGUAAUCUUAGUACUACUGAUAGUAUAAACAGUAGCAUUUGCAGCAGUAGUAUUGAUAUGAUUGUGAGAAACAAUCGAAAUCAAAUGAAUAUGACCGAACAGAAAAGAAAACUUAAUGAAUCCCUACAUGCACGAAAACCAUGUUUGUCCGAAGUGAAACGCACAAAAUUUGAAGAGAAUGAAAACAGUAAUAUUGAAGAAAUGGGAUUGACUAGUCAAAAACAAGAUCAAAAUAAUAAUGAUUUUUGGAAACUACUCAAUUUAUUUCCACAUUUCCCAAUGUUGUGGCCUCCUUCUUCAGCUUCUGGUUUUGAUCCUGCUUCUUCUUCAUCAUCAUCGUUGUUAAAAUCUUCGUAUAAUGAAUUAAACAAUAACGAGUUAUUGCAAAAGUAUGCUAAGCAUACAAUUCAGUCAUUAGAGAAAAAUCAAACAUUAUUUAACAAUAAUAUUGCCACUCAUACUACUAAUAAUAGCAAUAAUAAAACCCAUUUUACCGAACGAAUAACAGAGAUCAAUGAUAUUAAUUGUUCAUCAACAAGGAACAAUUUAAAAUUGAAUAUUGAAAAUUUCAAUAAUCACUAUAACAAUCGAACAAUAACAUCAUCACCACAUGUUGAAUUAACUAUAUCAAACAAUAAUGAUAAUAAUACGAGUAUUAAUCUUUCUACAACCAUUACUAAUACUAGUAAUAUAACAACAAUAAAUAAAAAUGAUAAUCAUUGGAGUGUUAACUGUACACCUGUUUGUUCAACCUUCCAUCAUACUCCACAUUCAUAUUCAUUUGAAUAUAAUAAUAAUCCUAAUAAAUUGAACAUUGAACAAGAAAAUAUUGACAAGUUGACUGCAUUGGAAUCGGAGAACCUUAUCCAUAAUUCAUAUGAUCAUAUCAAUAGUCCAGUUCAGCAAAAUGCAAACAAUACAAUUAGUUGUAAUAUUAAUAAUAGUACAUGCAGUAAUGUAUCGAAUGAAUUAUAUGAUCAAAAUUUACCAUGUUCUACACCGGAACAACAACAAACACAUUCGACUACUAAUACUACUACUUCUAUUACUUCUACUGGUAGUACAAUACAUAUUAAUGGUGCUGUACACAAUACAUUAAGAAAAACACGUUCUGAUAUGAAAGUAAUACAUAGAUAUUUAAUACAAAUUAAACAUGACACACGAGAAAUUCAUCAAAUACCUUGUCAUGAAUUAGACAGUUAUAUACAAGACUUUGUACUUACCGCGAAAAAGAAAGAUGGACACGAGUAUGAACCGGAAUCAUUGAAAGCUUUUGUACAUUCACUGGAAAGACAUUUAAAACAUCAUGGCUAUUCACAUUCAGUGCUUAAAGGUAAUGCAUUUUCUGGAACACGAUCUGUGUUGAAUCAACGUUUAAAUGAAUUACGUGCACUCAGUAGAUCUGGUGCAUCAACUAAUGGUGUAUAUGCCUAUCCAGCAAAUGGAGCCAAUAAUCAAAACAACAGUAACAAACGUAUAUCCGGAGUUGGUAAUGAUUCAACACCAGAGAAUAGACCAAUUAAUUAUACAAGAAAGCAUAAUUCCAAUCCAAAUGGAUUAUCUUCAGCUGAACUACUUAAAGCUCGUAUACUUGGUACAGAUAAUCCUCAGGCAAUACUGAAUAGUUUAUGGCUUAUGAACAGAACUCAAUUCAAUAUUGGUGGUACACAAAGACAUCGAAAUUUAGUUUGGGGUCAAUUUCAACUGAUCACUGAUGAUAAUGGAAUUAAAGCGAUUAAAUUCACUCCAUUAUUUGAAUCCGCCGAAGUACGUUAUUGUCGUGGUUAUGGUGGAACACGUGGUGGUGCUGCAAAUCAUGAUCCAUUAGCAAAAACACAACCACUUAGUUGUACCGGUAGUGCUAAACGUCAGCCUCUUCCAUUUAAUUGUGUAGAAUUAUUUGAAAUAUAUGCCAACUUAAGACCAUUAGAAGCUCGUGGAGUUUCCGAGCCAUUCUAUCUAUGUCCAGAUGUUAAUUGGGAACAACAAAAUGAAAAUAGAGUUUGUAAUAGUUGGUUUAAAUCAAAUGCAGCUGGAUCACAAUUACUAUCACGUAUACCACGUUCACUUGGUUUGAAACCUUCUAAAGAGCCAAUUUCGACGUCCGGAAUAAAUCCAUCUAAUAUGCAUAAGUUACAAACAUCAAAUUCAUUAAUUACUAAUCAAAUUAAAGAUUCCGAUAGAUUAAUCACAGAUCAUUGUAAUCAAAUUUUGUCAAAUUUAUCCAAUUACCGAGAUAUUUGUCAGAUGCAAUCACAAAAUCACACCAUCACUAAUGAUAAUAAUAGUAAUAAUGUUAAUUAUAACAAUAAUUAUUAUUUCAAUAAUCUUAGUCGUUCAAUAUUCAAUCCCAGUUUAAUUCCACAGAACUUAUUCAACUUUUUCCCUUUUCUAUUUCCACCAACAUCAUCGUCGACAGCUAUAAUAACAACAACGGCAACAACGUUAGCACCGUCGGUGAAUGAGCAAAGUUUAACUUCUCAUUCAUUAUUAAAUGCAUCAUUUCAAUUACCUAGUAUUAUGCAAAAUUUAAAUUCUAGUAUAUUUCAACAAACGUUUAAGGAGAAUUUCUCAAAUAUUGGUGAGGAGUAUAAUAAUAAUAAUAAUAAUAAUAAUAAUAAUCGUGAUAAUUUUCAGUUUUCACAUGAACAAUUUGAACAAGAACAGUGUGGGCACGAUUCAACUCCGAAUAAAAUUUCUUCAACAACAGCCGGCGAUGAAGAUAACGAUGAUAGUAGAGGAGAAGGAGAACAAAUCGAUGUAAAUGAAGAAGGUGAACUAGAUGUAGACGAUGAGGAAAGGCAAAAUAUUGAAAUAAUUAAUUCAAAUUGUUUUUCUCCAAAGUCAGAAACUGAACAAGAAAUUGAAAAUUUAUCAACAUUAGAUAAUAAUUCAUCGAAAUUACUUACAAAAUUAUCUUCAGAAAUUAGAAAUGAUCUGCUUCAUACUCCUGAUGGAAGUGAACAAUAUGAAUCUGUUGUAAAUAGUUCACAUCACUCAAAAUCGUUAUCCUCAUCCUCGUGUUUAUCUUCAUCUUCCCCUUCUUCUGCUUCUUCACGCUCACCGUCAUCGGAGAUUGGAACAUUUAGUCGAAAAAUUCACCAUCAGCGUCAUCAUCGUCGUCACCCCCACUCUGACCAUCAACGUCAUCGUCAACGACUUGAAAUAAAAUCAACCCAUACAUCAUAUCAACACAAUCAACAGGAAGAUAAUUUCGACUGUAGACCAACAGACGAUUACAAUAAAGAGCACUGGUCAUCACCAUCAUCAUCGGAGUCAUCAUCACCAUCUCCUCGUUUAACAACACCUUUAUCAACGAUAGUAACAAAUACUAAUAUGUCAGUGGCAUCAACGUUAUUAUCAACAACACCGUCGUCAACACCAUUGAUUAAAAGUACAACAUCAAUGUUAGCCCGAUUCAACAAAAUUACAUAAAUUAACACAAUGUAAAAUUGAACAUGGAAGUUUUGUAAUAACAACAUUGUGUAUUACUCUUCACUUUUCUUCACUUGUCAGAGUAAAAUCACAAUCUUACAAAACAAAACAAAAUCUGUUUACUGUAAAUGAAUCAAUGGAUUAUUAAGUUUAUGAUGUGUUAUUAUUAUCAUUAUUAUUACAAGAUAGAUUGAACAUAAUUAGGAAUUUCAUGUGUUUUUUCUAUCUCUUCCUUUUAUAUUUGUACAUACAAAACUCAAAAAACACACACACACAUCUCACUCUCUUUUACUUUAAACGAUUUUAAUCCAUUUACUAUCUAUUGUGACAGCAUGUAUUAGUAUUAAUGAUAUAUUUGUGAUGACUUUAAGAAUUAUUGACUAUAAGAGAGUAGAAUGAAUAAAAACGCACACAAUUUCUUCUGUUUUGCACACUUUUACAAUUUUCAUAAUUAUCAAUAUCAAACAUGUUCUAUUUAAGUAGUAUAUACAUUGUAAAGGUUAAAAUUAUUAUAAUUAAUACAAGUACUGGUAUUAAAUAAAUAGACUUUUUAUUAUUACAUUGUUGAUUAGUAUUACUACUAAUUGUACAAUUGUAUACUUUCUACCCCUUAUUACUUUUACCUCCCUCUUAACAAGCUUCCAAAAAUCUGUUUUGUUCAACUUAUUGGAGUAAAUUGUCUAAUAGUUAGUAAUACUACUACUAACACUAUUAAUAUUUGGUAGAAAAUAAAAUUAG